AUUGAACAUCGACGAAGAAAUCGUUCAUUCCAUACAUGCAACCCCACCUCCCUCCCGUGUUCCGAACGAACUUUCCAUUAAGAAUAAGCUAUCACACACAGCACGAUUUUGACAUAACAAGAAUCCAGAAUAGAAAAGGCAAGAAGCCUUCCAUCAGAUCGUACUGCUCGCAUGAGGCUCAAACACCUCGAGGCAUCGCUUUCGUGUCUGCAGCGGGAAUUCCCGGAUCCAAAAGUCGAACUCGAACAGUAUCCGACGUGAGUCUGUCUCGAUCGAUCCUGCAUUUUUGCGCAUAGAAUCACUCAAUAGAGUAGUGUGCAAUUGAGAGGGCUUUUUGGCGGUUCGCUUGUUGCUGGCAUCUUUGACGCUCGGUGUGAACACUCGGUACUUGAAUUCGCUUUUGACUCGCUUGUUCUCUCGUCUGUUCGCUCAUUCCAUUGCGAAUCAUUUUCUAUUUCUCGCUAUGCCGUGCCGUACGCUCCAGGUCCCCGGAAUUGGCUGCACAUGUGUUGGAUUAUGCCGUGAAUCGUGGUGACCUUGGAAGCGAAGGCCAAUCGUGUCUCGAUUUGGGCUGUGGUACGGGAAUGCUGCUUGUAGCAGCUGCGUUCGUGGUGGAAGAAGGCGAAUUUGUGUUUGGUGUCGAUUGCGACGACGAUGCGCUGGCAAUCGCCAAGGAGAACGUCGAACACGUAGACCUAGAGGAUUGCGUCCGGUUCGUGAAGGCUCGCGUUCGGAUGAAACCAAACUCGGUCGGCAGCGAGGACAAGAGGGGACACCCUUCCCGAACCAACAAACGCGGCGGACGAGGUCGAGGUCGUGGUGGGAGAUUUGGCGGUCGUGGGGGUGGCAGAGUCGGAUCGCAGCCGGCAUCUCUGACCAAAGCUCGGCUGAUACACGAUGGAGAAGACGGGAUACCGUUAGAAGACAACUGUGUCGAGUAAGUAGAACAACAGUAACCCACUCAUCGAUCAAGUCGUCUCAAAUGUUCGAGAGACGUCCUUUGCUUGAGAGUAUCUUUUUCAUUAGCACGAGCAAGCUAUUGUAUAUCAUAUUUGCACCAUUCCAUGCAAAAUGGAUGUGAGCUUGUGUCACGCAUCAAACUAUUUUGAUAGGGCUGACUCACUUGCACCAUUUGCUUCCUUUCUUUUCAACAUAUUCGGCUCGUUUGUACGCUUGGACAGGACCGUCGUGACCAAUCCACCAUUCGGGACGAAAAGUGAUAAUGCCGGGAUCGAUGUACAAUUCCUUAGGACGGCCACUCGGUUGGCAAGGCGGGCUGUUUAGUACGUUCCCUUUGUUUCUGUGUCGAUUUCGUGGAGCGUCACACUUUUCCUAUGCAAAAAAGUAUUAACUAGGUGUUGCUUCUUUCUGGCUGGACUUUUUUCUUCAUACUUCUUGCAAUUAGCUCUUUUCACAAGAAGAGUACCAGAGACUUUUUGUUGAAAAUGAUACGAGAAGACUGGGGCUUUCCCGAGAGUGAUGUAGUAGCAGAAAUGAGAUUCGAUAUUCCGAAGUCUUACAAGUUCCAUAAAUCGAAGUCGAAGGACGUCGAAGUUGAUCUGAUAAGGAUAUUCGUAGGAGACAAAACCAGUCAUGAUGGUAAUGCUGAUGAGCAUAAAAACGACCCUAAUGAUGAGAAUGAAGAUAGUGUUCAAAAAAAGAUAGAUGAUACUGGAGAAAAGGAUGACACGACAACUGCCAAAAGCACUCAAGACGAAAGCAUAGCGUAACAUUUUCAUUGUUGCUAUGGGGAUGAAGAGAGCGUUAUUGAAUCUUCGAAAGAGGUUCAACUUGCUAGAAAAUUGCUCUGAAAGUUUUCUGUUGUUGCGUAUUUGCAUGAGAAAAAAUGCCUCGUUAUGAUGAUGAAUUAGUGUUCUUAAUUGAAAUUGUCUCGCUAGCUAUGAUCAAAUUCCCGACUGGAUCUAUUCAGAGCCAUAAAGCUGUCGAACCUCGUUGUGUUGGAAGGAUCAAUUGCAUCAUCUACAACAUGAAAAUCAUCUUUCUCGUUCGUUAGCUAUUCGUGUCUUGUUCCAAACUGGAGGCUAGAAAUUUACCGCAAGCCGCGGUCUAAGUUACGUUGGAUAAUAUCUCACACUUGUUUCUCUCACAAAAAAGACAGAAAGAUGCCAUCUAGAACCGUCACCUUUAUCUGCGCAAGAAAUACUUUAGAGAAAUGAUUUGUCAUCGUUGGUGUUCCUGUUCGUAUCCGUGUUGGCAUCUUGGUAAGUUUUGCUUGAAGGAACACCUGCAAAAGUACCCUGUUGUAUAGUCGAGGAUGUGAAGGAAUUGCUGUUAGCACAUGUUUUCCCGACUUUGUUUGUAAAAUCGCUUUCAUUGUAUGGAAAAUGUCUAUAAAUUGUGGCCAAUGUUGUAGGUUUCUCUCGUGAGCGUUCUCGGUUAGCACUGGGCUGGGAUGCUGGUUCAUUUCUGUCGGAAACAGUUGGAUCAUAGUCGAACCAGGUGUUCGAAAACAAUCCACUUGUAGGUGAAAGCGAUGUUGGCCCUCCCGGUAACUGCCGUGGUACAUACUGCUCACUUGCAGAUACAUUUAUCUUUCGUUGCUGACUCUCCGUGUGCAUUUGCAUCUGGGUAUGUAAAUUGCCGAGCAGAGUAUUCUGGCUCUCUGUCACGUUCAUUUGAGCGAUUUGCUCGUUAGGAUGAUGAUGCAGUUUCUGUUGCUGCGAAUGAUGAUGAUGUUGCCCCUGAUAAUGACGACUGUUGUUGUUUUUAUUCUGGUGUUUAUCCUGGAGAGGCUUCUGGUGUUGAUGAUCAUGAUGGUGCUGAUGAUUCUGUUCUGGUAGUGACAAUGGAAACGGUUCGAGGUCUACCAUCGGAGAUAGUGCGUUCUCCGCAGUUAAUAAGCGACUAUCGGUCCUCCUGAACAUCGUCUCUCCAUCAUAUCUGUCAUCAGUGGUACUCCCGAAGGGAAGUAAUGAUUGUCUUUGGUUCUGAAAGGAUUGAUUUGUUUGCAUUCUGUCUGUGCACACUAAAGGAGUAUUGAAAGAAGAAGAAGCACCUUGGAUGUGUGGCUGUUCUCGGAACACAGAAUUCAUGGAUUCUGAAAAUUGAUUUCGAGCUAUAUCGGAUAAAGUUGCAAUGGAGUUUUUGCCAAUAUCCUGGAGUUGCUGCCGUAUCGAUAAACUCGGGAUCUGGUGAGACGACAUAUCCACUGAAUCAGGACUGUUGCAAGAUGUAGUGUGGAUCGAAGAACAGAACAGAUCUUUCACUACAUGAUCUGGCAUCAAUUGCAUCGAGUCAAUAUCGCUUCUUCCGCCUUUCAUUUCGGUGAAGCCAGAAGGGAAAUUACUAAAAUUUUGAGGAAACGAAACAUGGUCACUUUUGCUUGGUUGUUGUUUUGUUCCUAAAUAUUUGGUGCUUUCAGCAACUCGCUCCCUCCCCGAAUUUGUAGAAUUGGGAGCAGCUUUUCUAGUGACUCCUUCUUUUUCUUUUUUCCGCCAAACUACCAUUUCUCUAUCAUAGCGCUCUUUAUCAAUGACAGCUCGAGCAACGUAGGGAUUCUUACUUUCUUUGUUCAAAGCCUUCCAUUCUUCUCCAACAACGGUCAAAUGCAUACAAAGUAAUAGAAAAUCAACAAUACG